AUGAGCAACAACAAUUUUAAAGAUCAACAUCAUCUUGUAAAAGCUAUUAGUCAUAAUCAUGCUGCAGAAGCCAACCGAGUUAAAGUUAUAAAAACUAUUCAAAUUAUUAAAAGAGUUUUGAACACAUCAUUAGAUUUACAAAAUUGUCGAUAUAAUGACUUAUCAGGAUUUUGGAUUGUCAAGAUUUUGGAUUGUCUAUUAAUCGAAGCUGCUCCAGUACCUAAUACUCUUGGUUCCAUUACAUCAAUCCCUAAUCUACAGAGCUUUGCUAAUUACGCUGCUAUUGCUUAUACUAAGGGUCCUCUUGAAAAUUGGAACUGUGGAGAAGUCUGUUUGGCAACUAAGGGUACCCAAUUGGUUAAAGAUUUUAACAACCCUCGGCUUAACACAAGGGGUUACAUAGCCACGGAUCCAGAAAAACAAUUAAUCAUCGUAGCAUAUAGAGGAACGGAACCAGGAAGUAUUAGAAAUUACAUUUCUGACUUUGUCAUUUAUCACGACCUUUGGAGAACUGCACCUGUUAGGGCCUUGGUACACCAUGGAUUGCUUAAUGCUUGGAACCAAAUUCAACCCCAAGUUACCGAUGAUCUUAUAAAAUUAGUCAAAGAAAAGCCUGAUUUUAGGAUCGGAUUUAUGGGUCACAGUUUAGGUGGUGCACUUGCUACAUUUUCGGCAUUAGAUCUGAUAGAGAAAGUGCCAGAAUUAGCUAAAAAUGAAAAAGUGUUUCUUUCUACAUUUGGUCAACCAAGAGUUGGUGAUGACAAAUUUGCUGAAUAUGUUGAUGAUAACCUAAAAGUAAUAAGAACUAUAGUUCGUGGUGAUCCAAUUCCUCGUUUGCCUCCAUCAUGGCCAAUUCCAUUUGUUGGGUUCUAUAAACAUUUUGGUGAAGAAUUAUAUAUAAAUAAUCCUGAUCAAGAUCCAAAUGCCUUUCAGGAAUGUAAUGCUGAAGAUCCACAUUGUUCUGAAUCGGUAUCUCUUGGUCAGUUAAGCCUAAAGUAUCAUUCGGGUCCCUAUUAUGGUGUUAACAUGAGAGAUGCUACUAGAGAGCCCAAUGUAAAUUCCAUUGAAGAUUCCAAUGAAGGUGACGAAAAUUACGAUUACUCAGCUGAUCCUUAUUUCAAUUAUGACCCAAAUUACAAUUAUGAAGGAGCUAUGGGAGUUAACGGUGUUGAUGGUGUUAAGGGAGUUGACGGUACUAAGGGAGUUGACGGUACAAAGGAAGUUAACGGUACCAAGGGAGUUAACGGUACUAAGGAAGUUAACGGUACUAAUGAAGUUAAAGAAGAAGAUGAUUCAGAAGAACAAGAUGAGAUAUUAAAUUAG